UGGUCGGCUCGGCUGGUGCAGGUCAAGCGGCAGGAUACACAUCGGUUCGUCGUUUGUCAUACACGGUCGAAAGCGCAAGAACGAUAUCCCGCGCGUCUCGCGAAUUACAGAGAAUCCUAUAUAUAUAUUUUUCUAUUUGACUCGAUUAAUAAACGAUAUUUAUCUAAUUUUAUCUUUGAAGUAAUAUAUAUAUAUAUAUAUAUACAUAUAUACACAUAUAUAUAUAUACAGAACGAUAGAUACCAACGAUUAUCUAAAGAUUUUACGUGUGAAUCGAAAGAAAAAAAAAAAAAAAAAAAACAAAAAUACGGAUUAGUACGUCCCAACGUAGUCUCUCCUCUCACUUCGGCAUUACGACUUUGUGCUUGUAUAUAUACGUUUACGUUUGUCCCUAUCUACGUAUGCGUGAAGUUUAUCUGUGUGUGUGUGUGUGUGUACAUAUACAUAUAUAUAUAUAUAUAUAUUAUCAAGUAUGUGUGUAUGUGCUGUUUUAUCUCAGGAGUGAAUUUAUUAAAGUUUACGAAGUGCAGGAUUAUGUGACUGACGAUCAACGGCCAGCGGGGGGGCGGGGGGCGGCGGCGGCGGCUGCUUUGACGAGUGGAAGACAGACACCUUGAUCGAAGGGAAAAGAGAAAAAGAACGAACAGUUGGGAAUUUCUGAAAGUGAGAGAAAGAGAGAGAGAGAGAGAGAGAGAGAAAGAAGACAAAAUAAUUUCGAGAAUGCCAACGGACGUCAAUGGAGGAGGCGCAGGGCUCGCUGUAGUUGCCGGAGAUGUUCUUGCCUUGCGAGGUACGGGUCUCGCUGCUGCGGAAACCUGGGCUCUCCUUUGUCAGGCUGCCCAGGCCCUCCAGGAUCUCUUUCUUUCGAACGGUGGUGUCGUGGGUGGUUCACGAACGGGCCCGGUAGUCACUCCUCACACUUUGGAGUUGACACCACGCGGUAGAGUUUUCUUGCAACUUGCACCGCCGGAAACCGCACGAGCAUAUCUGCCGCCGGAAUAUCGACCGGGCCGUGUAUACUCGGACACGGAAUCGGAAAAGAUGUGGAUGUAUUCGUUAGGAAGAGCAUUGCUGGACACGACACCUAGAGUAGCGGCUUUAACUGGUACGGUCUCGGUCUCACCCUCGUCAGCCCUUCAGUCGGUUCUAGCGGCCAUGACAGAACCUGAUCCUCGUCGACGUGCCUCUCUGAUGAAUCUUCUUGACGUGAUAUCGGAAUACUGCCGUACCCGUCUGCAAUCGAAACCCUUCACUCACAUUGUCAUGGACAUGUAUAGAGAAGUAGUGAGAUCGGCACAGUAUGCUGCAAGAAAACGUGCGGCCUAUAAUCGUUUGAACGGUUUACCAACAUUGAGUAAUCCGAUCGAACGAUCUCAUAAAAAUUAUCAGAUACAGCAGCAACACGAUCAUCAACGUCAACAACAGCAGCAACAGCAAUUACAGCAGCAGCAGCAGCAGCAGCAGCAACAGCAAAUUCAUCAACACGGUCAAAACGAGAACAGAGCGGAGAACGUGCAAGCCGAGGAACAAAACUUAAAACAAUUACGACGUUCGAAUGAACAAUUUCAUCAUCAGCAACAACAACAACAACAACAACAAAACAGGCAACAGGAAUCCAUAAAUCCUCAGAGCCAAGUCAAUCAGCUUUUCCCAAAGACCCAACAAGAUCAGCAUUAUCAUCAUAAUCAUAAUCCUAAUCCUAAUCCUAAUCAUCAUAAUCAUUAUCAUCAUCAAAAGGGUGCUCUUUUUAAAACGCAGUCGCGUAAUUCACGUUCUCAUCCGAAUCUAACGAGUCUCUGUAGCCAACAACAACAACAGCAACAACAACAGCAGCAGCAGCAGCAUCAUCAAGAACAUCAGCAUCAACAGAAACAUCAGAGACGAACGGAAAUGACUUUGAGCAAUUGCAGAGCACAAUUUCAAUCUCAGUUGGAUAUUCAAACGAGUGGUAGACCUUCCGUGACUAUACCGAGUCACAGUCAUCAUCAUUUACACUAUCAACAACAACAACAACAACAACAACAACAACAACAACAACAACAACAACAUCAACAGCAACACCAACACCACCAACAGCAACAACAUCUUCACCAUCAGCAACAGCAGCAGCAACUUCAACAGCACAAUCACAAUCACAUGCGAGCCUAUUCUCAGCCUGUUUCUACUCGACUUCAACAGACAAAGAGCAGUGGCAAUCUGCCCAUCAUCUUCUCCGAGUACGCUCCCACGGGAAACCUUUACAACGAUCCAAUAUAUGCGUUGCCUGUUAAACCGUUCCUUAGCUCGCAGGAUGUCCGUGUGAAUGGAUUCUCUGCAAAGACGCCUGCACCAGUUCGGAGAAAGGACAAUGUUUACACGUCUAAUGCAACGACGAACAGUAACAACGUAAAUGGUGGCGGAAGACCAUCAAAUGGCGCCUGGGACUCAAAAGCUGACGAUAUUUAUGAAAGGACCAAACCCAGCUUGGAAAGGCAAAAUUCAAAUCCUCAGUUAUCUAACAGAGAUCAACAACAACAACAACAACAACAACAACAACAACAACAUCAACAGCAACAGCAACAACAAUCUACAGAAUUUAAAAGACUUUCCCAACCAAAUAUUGUCACGAAUGACCAUCGAAUCCCAAUAAAUGAGGAACAAAUGAUCCAACAACAAAAUCCAUUGUCUUCCAUAAGAACAAGAGGUGCCCAAGGACCACCAAAACCACCACGUAUUAUUACCACAUUGAGAAAGGCACCGCUCUCAGAUAUGGAAAGUAAUAAUCAAUCGGCUGAACCACCUGCCAAACCGCCAAGAAAUAUAGUGAGAAAUGGUCCGAGAGCACGACGUGGUAAAGCAGUUCAAAGGGCACCGUCGCGACUCUACAGGACCAUAGGCGGACCAAUGAGGUCAUUUAAUAAGGCACAAUGCGUAGGACCAGAAUUUGUCGUUCGUGCGAAUCAACCACCAAAGACAUUGUCCGUCGGUCAAGUUAAGGGCGGCGGCAAUUUAAAUCGUAUAGUUGUAAUAAUGUUGACUGGUCAACGCAUGGAAGUAACUUGCGAUCCACAAAAGAUAACUGCCGGGGAUUUGUUUCAGGCUAUAGUACAAGCGGAAAAUCUCGAGGAGAAUUUUACUUUAGGACUGGCAGUAUUAUUGGCCGGCGACUUUGCCAUUUUGCCGCCCGAAACAAAAUUGAACAAAGUUGCCCCGCCUGGUUGGUUAAACGGUGGUAAAACUAGUAAAGGUUCUUUGGGCCUACCGACAAGUUUCAUGCUAUAUCUAAGGCUACGCUUUUUUCUACCUUCCCUUCGUGGUAUCAGAAAUUGGAUAUCGAAACACUUGCUCUAUCUUCAAAUAAGACGAUGCAUACUCGAGCAACAACUGAUAUGUUCCUAUUCCGAGUUAAUCUAUCUAACAGGUCUGGCACUUCAAGUCGAAUUUGGAAAUUACAACGCCAACGAACACGGUUGCGGUGAUUAUUUUUUAUUGGAACAUUACGUACCGGAAUCAUUGAUAUUAAACAUGGAUCAGCAUCAGUCUAAUGUUAAUGCCGAAGCUUUGCGUUUACAACUACAACAGGCUCAUAGGGAUCGUCGUGGUUUGGAUUCGAACAAGGCCGAGGAAAUGUUCAUAACGCAUUCCCAAUCCUUGCAGGAUUAUGGAUCGCAUUAUUACAUAGCCAGUGUCGAUUCGAAGGAACUCGAAAAGGUUAUGGCACAAGAGAAAAAACGUAAGAUGAAUGAGGAUAAAAGACGUAGUUGCGAGGGUGCACGCAAUGAAAAUAUUUACGGACAGGAAAUGAUUACUACUGUUGCUGCUGCUGCUACUGCUACUGCUACUACUACUACUACUACUACUAUAUAUGGUAGAAUUGAAAAUCUACCUAACUCUUCCGAUAAUAUUCCUAAAACGCGUUACAUCGACGAACGUAAAUCCGACAUUGGCAAUACAAGAACGAAUAAAAAUUUCAAUGUAAAUCCAAACGAACAAAUCUGUUCGAAACAAAUUACAUGCGGACUUUUAAGGAAAGAUCCUUGCAUAAAUAAUAAUAAUAAUAUUAAUAAUAAUAAUAAUAAUAAUAAUAAUAAUAAUAAUAAUAAUAAUAACAAUAACGUUAAUAACAACAGCAAGAAUAAGACGUCAAAGACGAAGAAAAGUGAUAGUAACGUUUGGUUGGCCAUUCAUGCUCAAGGUUUAAAACUUUUCGAAAGGGGCGGUGAGCCUAGAGAAAGAAUGGAAUUAGCUCAAUUUCAAUGGAGAGACAUUCAAACGUUGAGCUACAACAAAAAUUGUUUGGUCGUUUACACGAAAUUAAAUGGUAAACGGUGCAAAUUCAAAUUACGUAUGGAUCACAGGAAAAGUUACUUCGCUUUCAAACUGACCUCGUUGCAUCAUCAGUUCUUCCUUAAAUUACGUUCAGAGCUUACGUCACUUCAGGGACUUGCGAAAGAUUUUGGAAUUCCAAUGACAGUCGAGACGUCGUCUGGCUCGCCUGCAAAAAUGAAAAACACCGAUGGAAAAACAAAAAUAACGAUAGCCGCCAAUACAGUUAAGUUACAUACAAAAUUGUGUUAUCCGAUGCAAUUGGAGGAAUAUCAAAACAAAGAGAAUGAAAAUCCUCAAAAGGAUGCAAACGCAAUGGCUCAAAAUCAGGAUAAUAAUCAUGCGUUUUAUUCGUCGGAAGAGGAUGCUCUAUAUGCACAAGUUAAUGUUAGAUUAGAACCCGAGGGUGAAUCGCGUGACACCGAGGAUGAGUCCGAGGGUGGUGAUCUGAUGAAUCCAAACGAACCUCCGAUAAUCACGUUGGAUAUCAAAGAAAGGGAUAGGGGUACGAUUUAUGCCUGUUCGAGAAUUAAAACUGACAAUACAGUUGAAUGCGUUUAUUCAUUGCCAAAAAUUAUGUCGACCAAUGACAUCGAUCAUUUGAAUGAAAAGUCUGAUAAUCCUGAGGAACUUUAUGCCGCAAUCAAUAAGGCAGGCCUAUCGAGAAAGAAAAAUUUUCCUGUUCCCGAGGAGGUCUGGGAAGUGGCCGACGUAAAAAAGACAAUACACAAAAUGAAAACGUCGAGUUUGCCGAAUUACGGGACACCAAGGCAAAGUACUGGUUUUCGCACGCCUAGCUUACCACGUCGAUUAGGUGUUAAAAUGGGUACUCGUGCAAUCUACAGUAGUCUCGCACAAAAAGAUGCCGCUCUUACCGACGAUACUGCUGAGUCGGUAUCUUUAAAGUCUGACACGGAAUCGUCGAUAAGGUCAUUUUCAGCUAGAUCGACGGAGUCACCUUUGCCUGAAGCUUACGUACUCAACGCAGACAUAAGAACGGACGAUGAAACUUUUCACGUAACCGAAGAGGAAUCUAUAUCGGCCUCAUUGAUGGCACGUUUGGAAGAAUUGUCCUUUGCCGAGGAAAGGAUUUUACAUACUAUCAAAUUAGAAAGAGGACAUGGUGGUAGUAUAGGUUUACAAGUUACCGAAGGUAACGAUGGUGGUGUCUACGUUCAAGCAGUAUCGGUCGGUGGUUCUGCUGAUAUGGCCGGUAACGUUAACAAAGGUGAUAGGAUCGUAGCCAUAAACGGACAGAAUUUAUUGAAUCUUCGAUACGAGGACGCUUUGAAGAUGUUACAAAGUUCGUCGGAAACAGUCGAGCUUGUUCUUUCUCAACCGGAUUCGCGAAAAAAAUUAAAUAUUCGUGACACCAAUGUUAUAGAUAAUAAUUAUCUUCACGACAUUAGAUUCGAUGCUUCGUCCGAAGCCGAAACGUCUAGCAUGACGAACAAAUUGUUGCCACAAAAGACUAUGGAUGUUGCCUCGGUACAAAAUACAUCUAGCGCAUAUAGUAGUGCUGCUUCUAGCGCAAUGGGUAACCACAAUGCUAACAGUUUGUACCUGACCGAUCUUAUCGGUAACAACGCCCUCAAGUCCGCUAGUAUGCUACUUAGUAUUGAAGACUUUGAUGUUAGUAGGACCAGUCGUCAGGUGUUCAUAUAAUUAGGUGAGGAGACGCUAUCACCAUCAACGUCAGCAUCACCAUCACCAUCACCAUUAUCGGCACCAAUACCACCACUACAACUUCCACCACCUGUACCACCGAGACGAAGAAGAAGAAAAAAAAUUAUAAACGCGGAAAG